UUCCCUCUCCCUCUGCUUCUGUGUGGCCUGAAGAGUGAAAGAUUCAGACCAACAACGGAGGGGAGACGCCAAUAAUGCCGGCCAUAAAUCUUUCACACUUCACAUUUCCUCCACCGUCACUCUCUUCAUCUCCCAAGUCGAUUGCUACUUGCCUGCUUUCUCUCAACUCCCCUUGCAGGAACCUUUCUUCCAGCCUCCAGCUUCGUAGUUCCUCUCCGGUUCUUUUCAGUUUUUCAAGUCGGUGCUCGGCAAGCACUCGCAGAGAGCGGCAUUGGCACAAACCGGAAGUGGUUUCGAAAUAUCAUGAUCGCCAAGAACUUUGUCAUCGUAACUACAGUAGCUGUGACUUAUCUGCAAAAUCAGCAACUGUUAUAGAUAAUUGUUCUUCAUCUGGGAAAUCACUAGCAAAGUAUAACUCAGCAAGGGAAAUUCAUGAGAAUACAGAUAACCUAAUGUCUAGCAGUACAAUCAGUAGUUCAUUUCUGAAAUUUGUGCUCCUGUCUGGGUUCUUCAUAUUUCAAGACUCUCAGCAGGCAUUAGCCGGUUCAGAUAUUGCUACUGGGUUGCAGUCAGUCCCUCUUCUUGGAGACCUUGGUGAUAUUAGCACAGGUUUUGCUUCAGCAUUUUUACUUAUCUUUUUCUCAGAACUAGGGGACAAGACCUUUUUCAUUGCAGCUCUUCUAGCAGCUAGGAACUCUGCUGCUAUUGUUUUUACUGGAACUUUUGGUGCACUUGCGGCAAUGACCAUCAUAUCUGUUGUUCUGGGACGAACUUUUCACUACGUUGAUGAGAUUCUUCCAUUCAGGCUUGGUGACAGUGAUUUGCCAGUUGAUGAUAUUGCAGCUGUCUGUCUUUUGGUGUAUUUUGGGGUUUCAACAUUGCUUGAUGCCAGUUCAAGCGAUGGACUAAAGGCAGAAGAUGAGCAGAAGGAGGCAGAGAUAGCUGUCUCAAAAUUCUCAGGAAAUGGUGCUGGGAUAUUGGCUGCUGCCAGUACUGUCGUCAGCACCUUUGUUUUAGUGUUUGUGGCAGAGUGGGGCGACAAGUCAUUUUUCUCUACAAUUGCUCUUGCUGCUGCUUCUUCACCCCUUGGAGUCAUUGGAGGUGCACUAGCUGGUCAUGGUGUUGCAACAUUGCUGGCAGUUUUAGGAGGUUCUUUGCUGGGGACAUUUUUAUCAGAGAAGAAUUCCAAAGCAUCAUGCAAAUGCAAACGGUUCUGUCCUAGUAGCCCACAUAAGCACAUGAACUUUUCAAAUUUUCUUGAUGCUGUCAGUAGUAGUUGUCAAUGUAUGUUCUCUCUGCCAGUCAAAGAACUAUGGUUCCGAAAAGUGCUCAUCUUGAACCACUCUACAUGCACACAUACCAGCCAGUGGACCUUCUUUUUACUACCCCCGCAAGUUACGAUUGACAAUCUUAGUGUCAGAUUGUGCAAAAUAGUUGUGCAAAUUAAGCAGCAUCAUGGCAUAUGUGCUUUAGAAAGGUCCCAUCACAUCCAUUAGUUGAAGAACGCAACUAAUUUUUGGAACAACGAAAGUUUUUAUGCUUUUUCAGUCUUCCUGAGUUGCAGCUACUAAACAGAUCUUAGGCCCACCUACUAGUCUGCUCUGCUUCUUGUUCUUGUGAUGCUAACUCAAGUUGCUUGUUUUUUCCUCAAAAGUGUAGCAGAUUAUUAUUCCUGGAAAUUACGUAAACAAAGGAAGUCCUUAUUCUAACAUAUACCAUAUUAU